AUGGAUUCUUUGAGGUUGGGUAUUGUCAUUUAUCAAAACCACAAAUUCCUUAAUCACAAUAUGUAUAAUGGUCUAGAGAGGCUUUUCCAUAUCUUAGGGUGCGAUGCUAACAAGAUGUUGGCUGGUGGUUAUCUCAAGCUAGCUAAUGGAGAGGCUAACUGUGCUGUUUGCAAGGCAGAUGAUAGUGGUGCGACAGCUUUGAGCUCUUCUGCUUCUUGCAAGGAAUUGUAUGGAACUCAUAGCAUUGGUCUUUAUGGGAAAAUUAGGUCUUGGAAGUCUGUGGCUAUACUGCAAAUGUUGGAAAAGCAAAUGGGUCCAGAGUUUUUCCGCAAGAUUUUGCAGAAAGUUAUUUCCCGGGCUCGAGAUACAAUCCCUGUCAGAUCACUUAGUACAAAGGAGUUCCGACACUUCGCUACUAAGGUUGGAAAUCUUGAGCGCCCAUUUGUGAAAGAAUUUUUCCCGCGGUGGGUCUGCUCGUGUGGAUGUCCAGUGCUAAGGAUGGGGUUCUCGUAUAACAAAAGGAAAAAUAUGGUUGAAUUAGCGGUGCUUCGGGAAUGUACAGCUGCACCUGAUGCAAAUGCAUCUUUCCUUAAUCCUGAUUCUGAAAACCGGGAGGGUGAUAUUGGAUGGCCAGGGAUGAUGAGUAUCAGAGUUUAUGAACUUGAUGGCAUGUAUGACCAUCCAGUUCUACCUUUGGCUGGAGAAAUGUGGCAGCUAUUGGAAAUACAGUGCCAUUCAAAGCUUGCAGCCAGACGAUUCCAAAAGCCCAGAAAGAGUUCAAAACCUGAUGGCUUGGAUGAAAAUGGUGAUGUACCUGCUUCAGAUAUGCGCUCCAGGUAUACUGUUACUUUCGUGGGUUGUGUGACAUCCUUCUUGAUGGACACAGCUCAUGUAUCUAUAACUGUGUUCAUUUCUUCUCCUUUCAGUUUGGAAUCCCCAUUAUCAUGGAUUAGGGCAGACCCAGAAAUGGAAUAUCUUGCUGAAAUUCAUUUUAAUCAGCCUAUACAGAUGUGGAUCAAUCAAUUAGAGAAGGAUGAAGAUGUUGUUGCACAGGCGCAAGCAAUUGCAGCAUUAAAAGCUUUACCACAGCUUUCCUUUUCUGUCACAAAUGCUAUGAAUAAUUUCCUCAGCGACACUAAGGCCUUCUGGAGAGUUCGAAUUGAGACUGCAUUUGCAUUGGCUAAUACUGCUUCUGAGGCCAUUCCACAUGCUGUUGCUAAGGUCAGGGCUGCAGAUAAGAAAAGCCCAAGAGAAGCUGUUGAAUUUAUUUUGCAACUUCUGAAGUAUAAUGAUAACAAUGGAAAUCCUUACUCUGAUGUGUUCUGGUUAGCUGCACUGGUCCAGUCAGUUGGUGAACUUGAAUUUGGGCAACAGAAUCAUGUCUUUGAACUUAUCAAACCUUUUCGGGAUUUCAAGACAAUAUGGCAAAUUCGAAUUGAAGCUACAAGAGCACUUCUUGAUCUGGAAUUCCACUGCAAAGGCAUGGAUGCAGCAUUGGGUCAUCCUUACUUGGUUGCAGGGCAGGCAAAACUUGGUGCACAUGCUAUGCGGUUAUGCCAGAUACAAGAUGGAUCUGAUUCUAAAGAUGAUAUUAAGAGUACAACUCUCUUGGCUUUGAUUCGUCUACUCGAUGGCCAUAUUGGAUUCAAUAAUGUUAUUCUUCGGCAUCACUUGGCCCUGACACUUUAUGGAGUUCCCAGGGAUAGAACAUUAUGUAUUGGCGACUCAGAAACUUGCAGUGAUCCAAGGAACAUUUUUGCAGGUCUUGUGGCAGAAACAAAGGGGAACAUUUUUGCGGGUCUUGUGGCAGAAACAAAGCCCCUGGAGCCUCAUAUGGAGAUUCCAAAUCUUGCACAAGAUAAUUUUGCCUUUCCAGAGGCUAUAAAGGAAGCAGAUAUAAUUUCAGACAGAGAUCAACAUAAGAUGGAAGUGGCCAUUCCAGAAGGUCCCAACAAUCCAGAUACGAUUUCCAACAAUCAUGAACAGAAGAGAGAUCUGGAAAUUCCAGAAGCUUCAAAAGAACCAGCUGUGCCUGAAGCUUCAAAGGAAGCAGAUACCAUCUCCAAUAGCCAUGAGCGCAGGCUGCCAGUUGUUAAGAUCAGAGUCAAACAUUCUGCUGCUUCCAGUAGGGCUGAGGAGACCGAUAAUCAAAAUGUUGAGAGAUCUCAAGGUGGGCGUCAUGAAACUGAUCGCAGGGCCAGCAGCUCUGUUUCUGUGGAUGCACCCCAGAGGAUUUCAACUGAAGCUGUGAGUAUUAGCUACCAAAAUCUCGAGGAAGUCAACUCAUGUCUUGACCAUGGUUCUCGGAUGAGUGCUAGCAUUGGCAGUGCAAAAAUAGCAAGUGAUGGUGACAAUUUUGGAAAGGAACUCCAGUGCACUGCUGAAUCAAGUAAAGUUUCUAUGCACCCUCAGCCUGAUGAUCCAUCAUCACCUAGCGUCAUGCAAGAUAACCAUGUAGACACUGAUGCACAAAGGUUUGCUAGUCUACAAACCCUCUCAGUUGGAAGAAUUGAUCUUGAUGGUGGUUCAUCAGGUAUCGUGGCAUCUUCUUUUCGAGGGAAAGAAAAGGAGAAGAAGAAGAAGAAGGGUAAAGAAAAGAAGCGAAAGCAGGAAGAUCAUAAGGGGCACCAUGAUUAUCCUGAAUAUUUGGAGAGGAAACGGUUGAAGAAAGAGAAGAAAAGGAAAGAAAAGGAGAUGGCAAAGCUGCUGAGUGAUGGGGCAAAGGCUACAUCAGUAGAGUUGCCAGGUAAGAAUGAGAAGCAUACUGUUAAGUUGGCAACAGUGCUAUUGAAACCAAACGAACCCAGUGGAUCCAAAGCAGUGACCACAAAUAUUGAAACUAAGCCUGAACCAUCAGAAGGUACUUCUUCUGCUCCCAAAUUUCGAAUUAAAAUUAAGAAUAGGACACUUAACAAUUAG